AGGCAGUCAAAUAAUUCAUUGCAGUCAAAUAAGGUCCUGAAUUGAUACAAGUUCUUAAUAUUUUGAUGAUGUACAUUAACUAUGAAAUGUUAUGCUACUUUAAUAUUAUAUAAUUACAUUUUUUAAAAUUUUUUAUUGGUUUGACUUACAUUAAAGUAGGGACCCCGUGACUCCGAUUUUCUGGGUCCGCCACUGCCGCCAACCAUAGUGAAGUCCACAUAGUAACGUGGACAAAGUGACGUCCCCAGGGUGACUCCACCGUGACUACCCCACCAGCAACUCCUGUCACCACUUCCCAACCCUUUCUUAACCCCAGCAACAGUCCCCUGCCCAAACCCACGCCCCCGACCAUAGCCCCCUCCCGUACUCCCCUGCCCCCAUUCCUUCUUAGGCGCCUCUCUUGCAUAGAGGACGAGGGAACUGACAUCGGCUACCUCGAAUCGGAAUCAUCGCCCAUUGAGGUUGGCGAAUGCGGAACCAGAUGCCCCAAAUCGGAGUCAUUGUCCCUCAAGGACGGCGGAGCGACACUUGCGGCCCCAAAAUCGGAUUCAUCGGUGGCACAACAUCGAGGAAGACAGAUCUGUCGGAGGCAUGGCCAUUGAAGACGACAGGCAGAGAAGAUUGCACUGACGAAGAAGAAAUGAGGAUCGGAGAAGAAGAAUUGCGGCGUUGCGGCGCAAUGGCGGUAGUAGGAGAGCGGCGACAACGGAGAAGAGGUCAUAUGGAGGAAGAAAAAUCGCAGAUGUAUAAGAGGAGGAAGAUGCGCAAAUGUAUACGAAGGAAGAAGGAAGAAGCGUAAAUGAGUUCCCGUCACUUUUUUGGAAAACAAAAAAGGGUAAUAUUUUGGGAACUGGAAUGUUGUACGGUAAUAUUAGAGUCAUUCUUUCAUGACGAUGAUGAUAUUAAUAAUAAUACUACUCUUAUUCCUAAACAAGUUCAACAUUUGACUUCACACAUAUUUAAAAAAUAAAUUUGAUUUUAUUGUGUAGUACACUGUU